UAACUAGGAUAGGUAUGUUUUUGUUGUGUUUUAGUUUUAAAAUUAAGCAGAUCGGAGGGAGAGAAAUUCGUGUUUGACUCUUACCCUCAACUAAGGUGAAUAUACUUGCCUGUAAUUUUUAAUUUGUUUAUGAGUUACUUCUUGUUUGUGUUUGGUAAUAACGAUAUUAAAUUUAACCGUAACGUUCCUCAAUUACACUGUGGCUAUAGAAAUGGCCGUUGUAUCAGUUGCAGUAUUUUUUAUUGAAGACUUAUUAAAAUUUGUUUUAAGACGCUCUGCUGAUUUUCAAAGAGCGUUGGUGCAGUACCUAUCGAGAAGAAAAGGAUUUAGUGUGGUGCGGAAGAUUGGAUCUCACAUGACAUGGCUUCAUGCCCAGAGACUUCAUAUCUUGUCGAUUGAAGGGUUAGGUGACAAUGUAUUGCAUUGUGACAGAAACAAUGCCUUAGAAUCAUACUGUCAAUGCUUCAAGAAACCUGUUGAAGAUGUAAAAGAGUCUUUGCAAUUGGAAAGUGAUGUUGAAGAAUUAAAAAAAGAACUGUGUGAUUUACAAUCAAAAGUGACAAGACUUCUACUUAUUCAAGAAAGUAAGGCCCUGGAUGACAAUUAUUCAGAGAAAGAAAACAUGCUGCAAACAAUGACGCCAGAAAGUGUAGUUUCAUCCUCCACAAGUUUCAUGCCACCUCCUCCUCCUCCCCCUCUCCCACCCCCAAUGCCACCCACCCCUUAUGUUCAUAAAACAGUUGUUGUAAAAGCGAAACAAAACACAACCAAUAAAACAAUAAUAAAGUCUCCUAUUUGCAAUAUUAUGGAAGAAUUAUCCAAAAGACCACCAAAACUUCGACAUGUUGAAUUAACUCCAGGAGGUAGGCCUUUGCGGCAAGUAACAAGCUGUACUGGUCAAGAUCCAUCAGACAUUCUUAUUGCUGUUCUUAAAAAGCGAUUCGAAGCAAUUCAUUCUCCGCAACGUGAACAUUGUUUGAUUUCCCCUAAUGGCUCUCCUGGAAGCCCUAUGGUUUUUGGUUAGCGACUAUGAUGUGUGUGCCUUUUGUAUGAUGUCAACUUAAACAAUUAAUAAUUGUUAUUGUUAUUGUCUAAAAAUGAAUAGCAUAAAGUGAAUGUUUUUAAACUCUCAAAAACUAAAACUAAAAUGCUUAUUGGUCUGUGUUUUGGUCCUAUAAUGGAUUUAUAUUUUUCUAUAUUCAUUUGUAGGCCGUUUGGUAGCCUAAUUGUAUUGUGUGGUUGUGUUUUAAGUUUUUGUACAACCUAUCUUUUUUAUUUAUGAAGACAAGUAACUUAGUCUACAGUUAAUUUUGUAAGCUAAUAACACUGCAUAAACAAAAAAGAUUUUUGUGUGUUUGAUAUAACUGUUUCAUUUUAAAAUAAUACAAUUUUUAUAUUCCAUGAAUACUAUUUUAUAUAUGUUUGUAUUUUAUAAUCUUUUAUUCAGUAUUACAACACACUGUUUAAACUC